CCCCAAAAGCUCUUCUUCAACCCACACCUCUCGUGGAAACAGAAGAGAAAGAGCGACCCAAAUAAUCUCCAGAGAUCACAUCGCAUAACAUUACAUUACAUUUCCCCAAAAAGCAAGAGAGAGAGAGAGAGAGAGAGCGCUCGCUCGGGAUAGUUCGUCGAAACGAACCGUGGCUUCCUCAGGUCCCACGCGAAGAAAGGCCGCCUCAUCUUCAUCUUCCACAACUACUUCUUCGGAACGCAUACGAAGGGCGUCGUCGCAGUCUGAGGUCGAUUACCCUUUCUGGCAGCAGAACUGGUUCAUCGGGUUACUCUUCCUAAUGGCUCUCGGAUUCUUCGCUCUCGCUCUUUUCCUCUUCCUCGGCCUCGAUUCUGAGGACGGCUAUGCCUCCUACGCCACCGCCUCUUCUUCCUCUGAAGGCGUCGAGAUUACUUAUGGAUCAGUUCUUAAGCUGAUGCAUGAGAGGUCCAAGUUUCGGCUGCAUUCUCAUGAUGUGCCAUACGGUUCUGGUAGUGGCCAACAAUCAGUUACUGGAUUUCCCAAUGUUGAUGAUGCCAAUAGCUACUGGAUUGUUAGACCUGAGCCUGGAACAUCUGCCAAACAAGGUGACACCAUCAAAAGUGGGACAAUCAUCAGGUUGCAACACAUGAGGACCAGAAAAUGGCUGCAUAGCCAUUUGCAUGCAUCUCCAAUAUCUGGCAACCUAGAGGUGAGCUGUUUCGGGGGAGAAUCUGAAUCUGACACUGGUGAUUAUUGGAGGCUGACGAUUGAAGGGAGUGGGAAGAUUUGGAAGCAGGAUCAAAGGAUUCGGCUUCAACAUGUGGACACUGGUGGCUACCUUCAUAGUCAUGACAAGAAAUACUCCCGCAUUGCUGGAGGACAGCAAGAGGUCUGUGGUGUCCGAGAAAAGCGUGCUGACAAUGUCUGGUUAGCAGCUGAAGGCGCAUACCUUCCAGUUGCAGAAAGCAAGUAGUAGAACUUUAGUCUCUUCACCAUGCAUUAUUAAUUAGUAAAAUCAGGUACAUGGGUUUUGGAUUUGGUGGUGGCUGGUACCUGUUAUCGUGAUAGCUGCUGUAGAUUGUUAACUAAACGAAAGAAGAUACAUGUUAUGUCUUAAUAAUAGUAUAAUGUUCCUCUGAUAUUUGUUAUUAUUGCAUUUUUGUGCGGGCUUUUAUAUCUCUGCAAAAGAUGUAAAAGGUAACCAUAUCACCUAUUGUGGACUUUACUUUCCUUGUACCUUUUAUGAGUGUAGAGUGGGUGUUAACGGGCCCAAUGGAUUACUCUUCA